CUUAUUCAUUCUUUUCUUUUUCUUUUUACUCUUCUUUUUUUUUAAAAAAAAAAACUGUAAUAUGUCAGGUUAUCGUCUUCUUUUAACUUCAAAUGUACGUUUUCCUCGAUCGACAAAUGCUAGUCAAAUGAUGACCGUACGUCAUUAUAGUUCUCCAUUCAAAGUGUUUAUGGAUACAAUCAAAGAUCAAAUCAACAAGAGUAAAGAAGUCCAACAAGGUGUCAAAUCUUUACAAGAUGAAUCUGGGAAAUUUGCUGAAAGUGAAACACUUAAAAGAGCCAAGGAAAUGUUUGAAAAAGCAAAGCUUCAACAAAGUGCAUCUCAAGAACGAUUGAAGCAAGCAACCGAGAAAUUCACAGAAACAGCCGGUAAAGUGGGACAAAGUGUGAACGAGUCAUGGAAAAAGGCAUCAGAAACGGAAUUUGCAAAGGAUACCAGUGAAAAGAUCAAAAAGGCAGCAGAAAACAUCAACAAGCAAGCAGAACCUUUGAAGAACAGUGCUGUUGCUGGCAAGAUCUCUGAAUCAUUCCGAACCGUAGUGAAGGAUGAAUCUGGUCGAUAUUCUGGUUUUGUGGAUAAGGAAAGUCGCCGAAAGUUGCGUGAAGAAGCUCAAAAACAAGCUGAAGCUGCUAAUGCAAACACAAAGAAAGUGGUCGAGGAUCCAAAUGCUGGGGCUAAUAUGGUUUUACAUAAGGAUUCAAAAUGGAAGGAAAGUUGGAACAAAUUCAAGGAAGAUAGUCCUAUUAUGCAAGGUAUCUUCCGAGCAAGAAAAAGUUAUGAAGAUUCUGACAAUGUAUUUGUGUCAUAUACCCGUGCUUUUACCGAUCGUGUAUCAGACGCCUUUGGAUCCAUUUUUGAAGAAUCUGAUCAAGCUCAAGCCAUUCGUGCAUUCCAAACCAUUGAUCCUACUUUCAACAUGGAUAAAUUUAUGAAGGAAGCUCGUGGUUUCAUUGUACCUGAAUUAAUGGAAGCUUAUUUGAAAGGUGAUGUGGAAACAUUGAAAAUAUGGUGUUCUGAAGCUACAUACAAUGUAUUGACAGCUGUCAUUCAGGCUCAGAUGCAACAGGGUCUUAUUAGUGAUUGUAAGAUUCAAGACCUUCGGGAUGUGGAUCUGGUUGCUGCCAAGAUUUUGGAAAAUGAUGUGCCUGUGCUUGUUUUGUCAUUCCGAACACAAGAAAUCAUUCUUUUCCGAAAUGCAAAAUCUGGUGAAGUUGUUUAUGGCAAAGAAGAUCAAAUUGAACAAGUAACAUAUGCUUGUGUAUUUACCAAAGAACCUGAAGACCUUCAAAACCCCAUUACAUCUGGUUGGAGAAUCAUUGAUAUGGCCAAACAUGACUCUAGACCUGUAUGGUAGAUAGAUUGUAGAUAGAUAGAUAAAUUAUAUAUUAUUAUUUAGUAGUAGGCUCUAUUUUUUUUUUUUUAUUCUGAUCUUUUAGACAUACAAUCACAUUCCCCUUCUCCCUAUAUAUGAAUCAACCUUUCCCCUCAUGAUCAUUAACCCCUCUCUCUCUUUUAUUAAUAAACACAUUUGUAUUCUUUUCAUUUA